UGUCUGCUUGUCAGUCUGCAUCUUUAAUAAAACAAAACUCUGAAAGGAUGCUGUAAACUAACAGAGACACCAAGAAGAAAUAACGUGUAGUGUUGCAACACCAACCAAACACUACAAAGCUUUGGAAUCCCCAAACCCGUUGAGCACCAGCAGCACAAAGCAGAGAGAGAUGAAACUGGAGACAAAUUGGAUCUACUAUCAAACAUAGCGUCGUAAAACGGUGCGCUGUAGGAGCCAACAUGGCGAACUCUGGCAUCCCGUUUCAUAACCGUUUCUGCAGCCAAUAAUACGCGACGCUUCCACCCAGGCACGCCCACUACAAGUGAAGCUUUCAUUUUCGUGCAGGCAAAAGGUUCAUUUGUUUGUGCUGGAGGAGAAAAAUGGCUGUGAUCAAUGGUGAUUUGUACAGCAUUGUAUCACUUGUUUAAAAUAUUUAGGUUGGGUAGAAAUGUUUUCUAAUAAUUCAUGUUUUUUUUAUUCGUUUAUUACCUGCAUUGAGUUGUGACGAAUAGUCUUUUUUUCUGUUUAAUUUAAGAUCUCGCACAGAAUUAACCGUGUCUGUCGUAGCUACAGAGAAUUUGAACUUGUCAACGUGAUUUACCGAGAAAACAAACGCGUUUAAGUUCUAGCAGAGCUCUGAAAAACGAAAAGUGACUCCUUGCAAGUCGGUUUGUCUUCCUUUGUUACACCAGAAGUUCUGACUGUGAAUGGGAAUUCUACAUUAAAAAUACUAAAUAAAAACCGAAGUCUUUGAUUCCGAAUAAAAGGAUUCCGCUAGACCUGCCCCCACACUAACAGUCAGUGAAGAUGGACGUCAGCGUCUCCGUGUCGUUCUUUCAAGACGAGCUCGCCUCUACCAUCGAGCACGCAGUGAAAGCGGCUGUAGACACCGUCUUGUGCGAAAUCACAAAAGUUGUCGGCGGCAAAUUCACUGAAUUCCAAAUGGAAAUGGCUGGAAAGGAGAAAGAGAAUGAAAGUCUGAAGCUGAGAUUGGAAAUAUCAGAGAGCGAGUUGAAAGCACUGCGACAAUGUAUCAGCGCGGCGGAUGCGAACAUUAUACAAGCUCUGUGCAACAUGAACACCGACUCUAAUGAACAAGACGUUCAAAUCAGUGAGAAUCGCGCAUUAUUGACCAGAUUUCAAGAUAUUGAAGAGAGACGCGCUUUCAAUGAAGCAGAGGAGGGGCCAGUGAUAGAAGCUGGACAAGACGAAAUCUUUGAUCAGGAGUGGUGUGGAAGUAUAAUGGAGAUUACAGGGUUAACAAUUGUUGAAAGUAUAGAGGUCCCUGAACUUGAACCUGUCCACAUUACAGUGGAGGCCCUGGAACUGAAGUCUGUUCACAUCACAGAGGAAGUUUCUAAAGAAAAUAAGGUCAAUAUGACGGAGGAGAAUAUAGUUAAGGUGGGAUCUAGCCAUUGUGAUGAUGGUCCACCUAAAUUGGCCUGCAUGAAACCCAAUCAGUCUGUCUCUGAAGACACUUGUUCUAGUGUUGGAGAAGAUGGCACUGUGCUGGGGUCCAUUCAGGGGAAACAUCACCCCCCUCAGGAAAGAGCUGCAGAUGGAAAGGAGGAAGGAGCGAUGCCGUCCACGAGCAGCACAGCCUCUUCUAAAGCAGAUGAAGGAGAACACGACUCCACUCCAUCGCCCCGCUGUACAAACUCCUCCAGCGGCAAACUUCAAUGCAAGAAACGCAGAGAGACGACACCUCAAGAAGAAAAUGUGAACAGAUCGAGAGCUCAAAUUCCUUCUGUACAAGACAGACAACCACUGAUUCUGGAGAGUGCAGAGACUGCACGUUUCCAUCAGUUAGGCUCUCCUAAAACUCUGAAUGGAAGUCGCACAGGACGGACUCCAUUUCCCUGUGCUGAUUGUGGGAGAAGAUUCAAUUGUUUGUCACAGCUGAUAAUCCACCAGCGCGUUCACACAGGGGAUAAACCUCAUCACUGCUUUGAGUGUGGGACGAGUUUCACGCAGUUACAAAAUCUUAAAAGACACCAGCGCAGUCACACAGGAGAGAAACCUUAUCACUGCACCGAGUGUGGGAAGAGAUUCAGUCGUUUGUCACACCUUAAAAGGCACCAGCGCAGUCACACAGGAGAGAAACCUCAUCACUGUAAUGAUUGUGGGAAGAGAUUCACUGAAUUCGGAUGUCUUAAAAGACACGAACGAAUUCACACAGGCGAGAAACCAUAUCGCUGUAAUGCUUGUGGGAAGAGCUUCACUGAAUCAGGAAAUCUUAGAAAACACCAACGAAUUCACUUGAGAGAAACCGUGCUGUAGUUGUAUGUGUGGUACAGCUGUAUAGUAUUUUGUUUGACUAUUUUUGUAAAUAAGUUUAGAAUUGUUUUAUGUUCUGCAUUUUUUCCAUUUAUAUUAAUAUAAUAAAGGUGAAGGGUGAGAAAUUAGGUAUUUUUUGAGUGUGGGCAGCAGUGUGGAGUAGUGGUUAGGGCUCUGGACUCUUGACCGAAGGGUUGUGGGUUCAGUCCCCAGUGGAGGACACUGCUGCUGUACCCUUGAGCAAGGUGCUUUACCUAGAUUGCUCCAGUAAAAACCCAACUGUAUAAAUGGGUAAUUGUAUGUAAAAAUAAUGUGAUAUCUUGUAACAAUUGUAAGUCGCCCUGGAUAAGGGCGUCUGCUAAGAAAUUAAUAAUAAUAAGUGUACCAUACCACGUGAAUGUUGAAGUUCUGUAUGAGUCAUUGAAGGUUCACCAUUUCCUGUCUGCAUUACCACAGUUACUAAUGUCUGUACUGCUUUAUUUCAUCAAAAAAUACUUUUGCACAUCCCCCCAAGUUACACAGAAAGGCAACCAUACAAUAUAUUGAAUUCACAGUGCAUAGCUUAGAAUUCUAAUGUUGUUUAUAUGCUUGUAAUGGUAUUUGUUGUCUACAUGCAGUAUGUGUAGGUGAUGCUUGAUUGUAGGUUUCUGAAG